CCCGCCAUUUCUCUCUCUAGAAGUUCCCUACCAACACACUCUCUCUCCUCUCUCUCUCUCUCUCUCUCUCUCUCUCCCUACAUUCUCGCCGUACUGUAACGUUUGCAACACAUCUCCAAUGGCGGCAAUGGCGGAAACACCUAAAACACUCAAACAAACCCCCAAAAAAUCACUCAAAUCGCCCCCAAAAACUCCGAUUCCUCACACACCACAAACCCUAGCUUCACCUCGCCGCUCAUUACGCUUCAUUUCCUCACCAAUUCAAACAAAUCAAACAAUCUCACCUGCAAACACUCCGAAAACCACAAUCAGAUCGAAAAACACGAAAACAAAGCCUUCAAAGAGUGUCGAUUCACUCAAGGACGAUAAAAUCGAUACACUCGACGCGUUUUCACCGGUUUCGCCCGAUCGAACCGAGCUGAAGAAGCGGAAGAGCAGAUCUGAAAGUGUUAGUGCGAGAGUAAACCCUAGGGUUCAUGAGAAGAGAGAGAUUGCAACAAAACGAUUGAAGCCUAAAAGGAGAGUGUAUUAUAAGAAGGUGAGUUAUGAUGGAGGAGAGUUUGCUGUAGGAGAUGAUGUGUAUGUUAAGAAGAGAGAGGAUGGUAGUUCAGAUGAAGAUGAUGAUCCUGAAGUUGAGGAGUGUAGGGUUUGUUUUAAGGCUGGUAGAGGUGUUAUGAUUGAGUGUGAUGAUUGUUUAGGUGGAUUUCAUUUGAAGUGUUUGAAACCGCCGCUGCGGGUGGUUCCGGACGGAGAGUGGAUUUGUGGUUAUUGUGAGGGGAGGAAAUUGGGGAAGAAUGUUAAGUUGCCGGAGCUGCCGAAAGGGAAGAAACAGCGUAGGACUGCGAAGGAGAAGCUGCUUUCGAGCGAUUUAUGGGCAGUCAGGAUUGAAAGUUUGUGGAAAGAGGUUGACGGUAGCUUCUGGUAUCGAGGUCGUUGGUAUGUGAUACCGGAGGAAACAGCUGCGGGUAGACAGCCGCAUAAUCUGAAAAGAGAGCUGUAUAGAACCAAUGACUUUGCUGAUAAUGAGAUGGAAACUGUGCUUCGGCAUUGUUAUGUUAUGACUCCAAAUGAGUAUGCAAAGGCUGAGAAUGAAGGUGAUGAUGUGUUUUUGUGUGAGUAUGAGUAUGAUGUGAAUUGGCAUAGCUUUAAGCGGAUUGCAGAGAUCGAUAACAAUAACGAUGAAGAUGCGGAUGAAGAAGCUCCGCAUGACGAUGAUUGGAGCUGUGACGAGGAUUCCGACUCUGAGCUGUCCGAUGACAUGGAAUAUGAAGAGGAAGAUAGGUAUAAUAAACCCGCACCUGGAUCAACCCCGGCUCAUGAAGUGGCUGCAAAUUCAAGAAAGGGUCAUACCUUUGGACUCCAGAAAAUAGGUACAAAGAGAAUCCCGGAGCACGUGAGAACUCACAAGCAGACUGAACUUGAAAAGGCAAAAGCAACGCUUCUGCUGGCAACAUUGCCGAAAUCUUUGCCAUGUAGAAAUAAAGAAAUGGAAGAAAUAACGGCGUUUAUUAAAGGAGCUAUAUGUGAUGAUCAAUGUCUAGGACGUUGCCUUUACAUCCAUGGUGUUCCAGGAACUGGCAAGACAAUGAGCGUGCUUGCGGUGAUGAGGAGUCUUCGAUCUGAAGUUGAUGCUGGAAUAACUAAACCAUACUCAUUUGUGGAGAUAAAUGGUCUGAAAUUGGCUACACCAGAGAAUAUAUACAGAGUUAUUUAUGAAGCUUUAACAGGGCACAGGGUUAGCUGGAAAAAAGCUCUCAACUUACUUAACGACAAGUUUUCUAACGGGGUUAAAAGUAGCAAAGAUGAUGAUCGCCCGUGUAUUCUUCUCAUUGAUGAACUUGAUCUUCUAGUAACUAGAAAUCAAUCGGUCUUGUACAACAUUCUUGAUUGGCCUACUAAACCGAAUUCCAAACUUAUCGUCAUUGGAAUAGCAAACACUAUGGAUCUUCCGGAGAAAUUGCUUCCCAGAAUUUCCAGCCGAAUGGGUAUACAAAGGCUUUGCUUUUCUCCUUAUAACUACUUGCAGCUUCAAGAAAUCAUCGGGUGUCGUCUUAAAGGAAUUGAUGCAUUUGAGAAACAAGCUAUAGAGUUUGCUUCAAGAAAGGUUGCAGCAGUUUCAGGAGAUGCACGCCGUGCUCUAGAGAUAUGUCGUCGCGCAGCUGAACUUGCAGACUAUCGAGUUAAGAAAUCUACCUCACUUCCAAACACAGGAAAAGCACUUGUUGGAAUGUCUGAAGUUGAAGCAGCCAUACAGGAGAUGUUCCAGGCUCCUCAUAUUCAGGUUAUGAGGAGUUGCUCUAAACUGGGUAAGAUCUUUCUAGCAGCUAUGGUACAUGAGCUCUAUAAAACAGGAAUGAGUGAGACCACCUUUGAAAAGUUGGCGCAAACUUUUUCAUGUCUCUGUACAAGCAACGGAAUAACAUUUCCUGGAUGGGACACACUUUUGAGAAUCGGCUGCAAGCUUGGUGAAUCCCGAAUUAUUCUCUGUGAAUCCGGAGCAAGUCACAGGUUGCAGAAGUUGCAGCUCAAUUUUCCGAGUGAUGAUGUGAGUUUUGCACUGAAAGACAGCAAUGAGCUACCUUGGUUGACCAAAUAUAUGUGACAUGCAAGACGACUAGAUGUGCCUGGUACACUACCGUAAUUCAAAUUCAAAAUUUUAAUUAAUUGUCACACCUACAACUAUUGGCUACAUUUUUAUUGUAAGUUUUGUUCACGGGAUCAAAAUUAAAGCCUGUUGAGCUUGAGUUUACCUUAAAAGUUAUUUGGAUAUUUUGUUCUAUUUCUAUGGAUUCUUUUUUAAGCA